AUGAAUUUUGAAUCAAAAACUAUCAAAGAAUUAGAAACAAUAGUUGGUGAUAUCCCAGAUGAAAUUGACUAUCGUACUAAAGGAGCUGUAAAUGAAAUUAAAGACCAGAAGCACUGUGGUUCUUGCUGGGCUUUCGGUUCUUGCGCAGCUAUGGAAAGUUCAUGGUUUUUGAAGCAUGGAACAUUAUACAGCUUAUCAGAGCAAUGCCUUGUUGACUGCUGCCAUGACUGCUUAGGUUGCCACGGCUGCCUUCCUUCUCUUGCUUUCGAAUACGUCAAAAUUUUCAUGCAUGGACUUUUCGAAACAGAAGAUAACUAUCCAUAUCAGGCUGAACACCACAGCUGCAAAUUCGAUAAAACACGUGGUGUUGGAAAAUUAACAGGAUACCAUAAAUGCAAAUCAAAUGAAGAUCAGCUCAAGACAGAAGUUGCUGCAAAUGGCCCAUACGCCGUAAUGAUUAACGCUGAUUCCGAACAAUUCAGAUUAUAUUCUUCCGGAGUUUUCGACAAUCCAAAGUGCGGCAAGAUCAUUCUCGACCACGUCGUUACUGUAAUCGGAUACGGUGUAGAGGAUGGAAAAGACUACUGGCUCGUCAGAAACUCUUGGGGCAAGUAUUGGGGACUCGAAGGCUACAUUAAGAUGUCUAGAAAUAAGGAUAACCAGUGCGGAAUUGCAACAGAAGCGGUUAUUCCCCUUAUUGACUAA